AUGGAUUCCGUCCCAGCACCGUUGAAAGGCAAGGCCGCCAUUGUCACAGGAGGCAGCCGUGGCAUUGGAGCAUGCAUCUCAGAAACAUUCGCCAAAAACGGCUGCACGCACAUCGCCAUCACGUACAAUUCCAACAAGUCCCUGGCCGAGGAGACUGAAAAGAAAAUCACUGCCAUCAACAGCAAGAUCAAGACUUUCUCCCUCCAAACGGACGUCGCCGAUGCCAACUGCGGCAAAUACACCGUCGAGGAGAGCUUGAAGGGACUCGGCGUCGACCACAUCGACAUCAUGGUCUCGUGCGCGGCCCUUGCAGAUAUCUCGACGUUCCAGACGGCCGAGCAGAUGACUAAGGAACAUUGGGACUGGCUGAUGACGGCCAAUGCGUGGACUCCAUUCGCGCUGGCGCGAGAGUCUGCCAAGUAUAUGCCCGAGGGAGGCCGGAUCAUUCUGAUAUCCUCCGGUGCCUCCAGGGGCGCGAAUCCCGAUCCCGUGAUGGCCUACUCCGCGGCGAAGGCAGCCAUGGACGCCGUCUCCCGCAACCUGGCGGCCAUCUACGGCAUCACCAAAAAAGACGUCACAGUGAACAGCAUCAGCGUCGGUGCGAUUCAGACCGACGCUCUCCAGCGGGCUUUCGAUACCCAGGGUCCGGAGUUUAAAAAGUAUAUCGAGGGCUUUUCGUUGCUCAAGCGCGUUGGCCAGCCACAGGAGAUUGCGGAUGUUGUGGCAUUCGUGGCGUCGAAGGGGUCGUCUUUUAUGGUUGGAAAUGCUAUUCCCGCCAAUGGCGGUGGACUGUCUGCUCUGCAGGGUUAA